AUGCUCACAGCCACGCGGGUGAUAAGCCGAAAGGCUUUGGAAUGCACUGGUUUAACAGACAUCUCCACACACAGGAAUUUUUCAUCAAUUCUUAAAUCCACUGCAGCCCCCACAGUACCUAUUUACCAACGACAUGGACUUCAAUACAGACAAAAGUCAGAAGGCGUACGAGGCGCUGUUAUUGGUAUCGACUUGGGAACCACAAAUUCCUGUGUUGCCGUUAUGGAGGGAAAGACCCCAAAGGUGGUAGAAAAUAGCGAAGGUUCUCGAACAACGCCCUCUCACGUUGCCUUCUCGAAGGAAGGCGAGCGUUUGGUUGGUAUGCCAGCCAAGAGACAAGCAGUCACCAACAGUGGCAACACUUUCUACGCCACAAAGAGAUUGAUUGGGAGAAGGUUUGAUGACCCCGAAGUACAGAAGGAUAUGAAGAACUUAUCAUAUAAAGUUGUAAGGGCGUCGAAUGGAGACGCGUGGGUACAAGGUAGCGAUGGCAAAGUGUACUCGCCAAGUCAAAUAGGAGCGUUUGUACUGAUGAAGAUGAAGGAAACCGCAGAGGCGUACCUCAACACGAGUGUGAAGAAUGCAGUGGUGACUGUGCCUGCUUACUUCAAUGACUCCCAACGGCAGGCUACGAAGGAUGCUGGUCAAAUCGCGGGUUUGAACGUGUUGCGAGUGAUCAACGAGCCGACCGCCGCCGCGCUCGCGUACGGCAUGGACAAGACCGAGGACAAAGUUAUUGCAGUGUACGAUCUUGGCGGUGGUACAUUCGACAUAUCCGUUCUCGAGAUACAGAAGGGAGUGUUUGAAGUGAAGUCCACCAACGGAGACACCCUGCUUGGUGGUGAGGAUUUUGACAACGUCAUUGUUAACUUCCUGGUGGACGAGUUUAAACGUGAUCAAGGCCUAGAUAUCCGCAAGGACGCGAUGGCGAUGCAACGUCUUAAGGAAGCAGCGGAGAAGGCCAAGAUAGAACUCUCCGGAUCCCUACAGACGGACAUCAACCUCCCAUACUUGACCAUGGACUCGUCCGGACCUAAGCAUAUGAAUUUGAAGAUGACUCGGUCCAAGCUGGAGUCUUUAGUGGGUGACCUGAUCAAGCGCACGGUGGCGCCAUGCCAGCGCGCGCUGCAGGACGCUGAGGUGGCGCGCACCGACGUGGGGGAGGUGCUGCUUGUGGGGGGGAUGACCAGGAUGCCCAAGGUCCAAAGCACAGUGCAAGAGAUAUUCGGCCGAGCUCCCUCCAGAUCGGUGAACCCAGAUGAAGCUGUGGCAGUGGGUGCAGCGGUCCAAGGUGGAGUCCUGGCCGGGGACGUGACAGACAUCCUGCUCCUAGACGUGACCCCUCUCUCCCUGGGAAUAGAGACCCUUGGUGGUGUGUUCACCAAGCUGAUCACCAGGAACACAACAAUACCUACCAAGAAGAGUCAGGUGUUCUCUACCGCUGCGGACGGUCAAACCCAGGUGGAAAUCAAAGUGCACCAAGGCGAGCGUGAGAUGGCUGCAGACAACAAACUCCUAGGACAGUUCAGCUUGGUGGGCAUCCCCCCUGCACCCAGGGGAGUUCCCCAGAUCGAGGUUACCUUCGAUAUAGAUGCUAACGGCAUUGUGCAUGUGUCUGCAAGGGAUAAGGGCACCGGAAAAGAACAGCAAAUCGUGAUCCAAUCGUCGGGUGGUCUGUCCAAGGACGAGAUAGAGAACAUGGUGAAGGCGGCGGAACAGUUCGCGGCUGCGGACAAGGACCGGCGCGAGCGCGUGGAGGCCGCCAACCAGGCGGAGGGAGUGCUCCACGACACGGACACCAAGCUGGAAGAGUACAAGGCUCAGCUGCCGCAGGAUGAGUGUGACAAACUACGUGAGGAGAUGGGCAAACUCCGUGAACUGCUCGCUCAGAAGGAGACGGCAGACCCUGAAGCCAUCAGAUCAGCCACCGGCACUCUGCAGCAGGCGAGCUUGAAACUGUUUGAGCAGGCAUACAAGAAGAUGGCGGCCGAACGCGAAGGUGCAUCACAAUCGUCUCAUCAAACGCAGGGAGAGGAAGAGAAGAAGGAGGAAAAGAAGAAU